GAGGCCCUCGCGAGCCCAGCGUCCCUCCCCUUCCUGCCAGCGGCUAGGCAGCAGCUAUGGAGGACGAGCCACCUCCGGUGGAGGAGCGGCGGCGGCUGCAGGAGGAGCUGAGCGAGUUCGUGGAGGGCUGCUACCGGACGCUGGGGGAGGUGACGGCGUCCCUGGGCUGGAGUCUGGAUCAGCUGGACCCUGGGGAGGAGGAGGCGGCCAAGGGUGAAGUUGUGAUAUGUCCUUAUGAUUCUAAUCAUCACAUGCCCAAAUCAUCUUUAUUAAAGCACAUGGAAUCCUGCAGAUUGAGGAAAAUGGGCUAUACUAAAGAAGAAGAGGAUGAAAUAUAUAAUCCUGAUUUUUUCUAUGAGAAUGCCAAGGUACCUUCAAUUACUUUGAAUAAGGAGUCACAAUUCCAUAUCAUUAAUCAAGCUAGAACCACAGUUGGAAAAGAUGGUGAUUGUUACAAUCAAAGAGUGUAUUCUUCAUUGCCUGUUGAAGUUCCUCUGAAUCACAAACGGUUUGUUUGUGAUCUGACCCAAGCAGAUCGUCUUGCCCUUUAUGAUUUUGUUGUUGAGGAAACAAAGAAAAAGCGCUCUGAUUCUCAAAUCAUUGAAAACGACAGUGAUCUCUUUGUAGACUUGGCUGCCAAAGUCAAUCAAGAUAAUAGUCGGAAAAGUCCAAAGUCUUACCUUGAAAUUCUGGCAGAAGUUAGAGAUUAUAAAAGAAGACGCCAGUCCUAUAGAGCUAAGAAUGUUCAUAUAACCAAGAAAUCAUAUACUGAGGUGAUUCGGGAUGUCAUAAAUGUGCACAUGGAAGAACUCAGUAACCACUGGCAAGAAGAGCAGGAAAAGGCAGAGGGCAAUGCUGAAAAGAAUGAAGAAAGGCGCUCAGCCUCAGUGGAUUCACGGCAGUCUGGUGGGAGCUAUCUGGAUGCUGACAGUUCACGCCAUAGAAGGGAUCGGAGCAGGAGCCCACAUAAACGGAAAAGAAAUAAAGAUAAGGAUAAAAACUCUGAGUCGAGAAGGAGAAAAGAGAGGGAUGGGGAAAGACAUCACAGUCAUAAAAGAAGAAAGCAAAAAACAUAAGUGAAUGUUCGUAUGUGUAAUUCAUUAUGCUUGUGUCAUUAACAUCCAAUAUUCUGAUAUUUUAAUUAUAAUUGCUUUGCACAGCAGUGUGUUUAUAUGAUGUGUUUAGUGCUCAUUAUUUUUCAAUAAAUACUUAUGCUUCAAAUCAUACAUUUA